UCAUCUGGGAGGACUGGACAACACCAUGGUUUUCUGCUGUCUGGAAUUUCUAUGCCAAUUGUGACUUUCAUCUUCCAAAUCAACAUUCAGUAAAUAAUUACUUUUAAAGUAUUUAUUCUGAGCACCUGGGAUUGGGAGAGGUGACGAGGAUGGAGACAGGAUGAGUAAACUCAAUACAUAAAUCACAUACCAACAGAUCUAUGUGUCAUCAUGAAAAAUUAGUUAGCUUUUCCACAUGCUUUGGAAGUUUCAGCAAGCGCUAAGGAAAUUUUAAGAAUCCCAAUUUCUCUCAAAAAAAGGGGAGGCUUUAAGAUUAUUCCUCAAUUUCUUUUAGCCUUCAGCUACAUAGUAGCCUGUUGGUAUAACCAAAACUUAAGUUUUUUGGAAAUGCCAGGAAAAAGGGAGAGGAAAGCUAAAUAACCCAAUAAAUCUGUAUCUAAAAAGGACAAAUUGUAUAACCAGGAUGCUAUCAGCUGUUUGAUAUAGAACCAAUAAAAUUAUCUUCAGCUGGGCAUCCCCGAGAACUGAUUAAAGAAGUGACCCUAGUCUAUCCAUGCACCUAAAAGUUAUUUAAGAAACUAAGCUAGGCUCUUCUGGGCCUUUAGGAAGAAGAGUGGUAUGGAGGAAUGACUGUGUUCCUUGCUAGUUCUUCCAAGCCAUGGCACUUUCCAGCAAAUUCCUCCUUUGGUUUUGCUGCUUUCCCUGGCUGUGUUUUUGUAUUGGCCUUGCUUCUCAGGUUUUUAGAGGAGAAGCUCAGAUUGCAGCCGAUGCCGAGUUGGAAACUGAAGCUAAGCCUUGGUCCUCGCUGCAGCCUCUAGAAAGGAAAGACAGAUCUGGCCUCUUUCCCCCUCUCUUCAAGGUUCUGACCGAUGAGCAAGAAGGGAUCCCUAGGCUGCAGCCAGACUCCAGAGCUUUACACUACAUGAAGAGACUGUAUAAGGCAUAUGCUACCAAGGAAGGGAUCCCUAAAUCCAACAGAAGACACCUCUACAACACUGUUCGGCUUUUCACCUCCUGUGCUCAGCACAAGCAGGCUUCUGGUGACGAAGUGACAGGAAUCCUUCCGUCCCAGGAUCUGCUGUUUAACCUGGAUGGUGUUACUGCUCUUGAACACUUACUCAAGUCAGUCUUGCUAUACCCUUUCAACGACUCCAUUUCUUUCCCCCCUGCUGUUAAAUGUAUGUGCAACCUUGUGAUAAAGAACCCAAAGCCUUCCAGCAAGACUCUCCCUGAAGUGCCACACUCGUUUACCUUUAACUCACAGUUUGAACUUAGAAAGACACACAAAUGGAUUGAGCUUGAUGUGACUACUGUCAUUCAGCCUCUAGUGGCUUCCAACAAGAGAAGUAUUCACGUUUCUGUAAAUUUUACCUGUGUGAACGACCAGCUGCAGGAGAGUCUGUUUAACAUGUCUCUUCUGGCAUCUCCCUCACUGCUCCUGUACCUGAACGACACAAGCACUCAGGCUUAUCACUAUAAAAGGGGGCCUUUGCGAGGUCCUGACCAGAAGGCAGGGCUGUCUGUCCAUCCCAAGGGACAAGAGGCAGCACAGGGUGGGAGGUCUCCCAGGCACCGGAGAGGUCAGGAAACUGUCAGCUCUGAAGUGAAGAAGCCCCUGGUUUCACCUUCCUUCAAUCUGAGUGAAUACUUCAAACAGUUUCUCUUUCCCCAAAACGAGUGUGAGCUCCAUGACUUUAGACUGAGCUUCAGUCAGCUGAAGUGGGACAACUGGAUUGUGGCCCCACACAGAUACAACCCUCGGUACUGUAAAGGGGACUGUCCAAGGGCAGUUGGGCACCGGUAUGGCUCUCCUGUUCACACCAUGGUGCAGAACAUCAUCUAUGAGAAGCUCGACUCCUCAGUGCCAAGGCCAUCGUGUGUACCUGCCAAAUAUAGCCCCUUGAGUGUUUUGACCAUUGAGCCCGAUGGCUCGAUUGUUUAUAAAGAAUAUGAGGACAUGAUCGCCACUAAGUGUACCUGUCGUUAACACAUGGUCCUCUAAACUAAAACCUUGAGUCUCUUUGGGCUAUAUAAAUGCUGUGUGCCUAUCUGUGCCUUCAGGAGGAGGAGAUGUCAUGUGUCAAAUCUCUAAAUAUAAUGCAGUGUAAUGUGUAAGGAGGAGCCUAUCAGUAGACUAGCAUGUUCUUUGGCAACUUUCAGUGUGUGAAGGAUAGUAUCAUUUGUUGCUACUGAGCCUUUUUUAUUUCCAAAUUUAACUGAAACAUGAUUAUUUUGGAGAGCUUUAAAAGUUUUUUUUUCCCCUUCAGUUUUCUUUUCAUAGGAGUCUUGUUUUUGAUGUAAGGGGGAAAUAUUAAUUAGCAUAAAUCUUGGUUGGAAUUGCAGCUAUAAAUAGACAAUUCCAAGUGCUGUAAUCUUAUUUAAUGGAAGAAUAAAUUCCU